AUGGGUAAUAAGCUUGUCGCGUCAAACCAAGUCGAGCACUUUGCCAACAGCACUGAAUACCAAAUAUGUGUGUUCGAUAAUAUUGGAGUGGGUAGCUCGGAUGCACCUAAAGGCCGCUAUUCGAUUGCAGAGAUGGCAAAGGAUGCUCAUGAGCUACUUGUGUAUCUGCAUUGGACGUCUCAAGUCCAUGUAGUCUCAAUCUCAAUGGGAGGCAUGAUUGCACUGGAGCUCAUGCUUUUGGCGCCUUCGAUGUUUGAAUCUUGCAUGUUAAUCAGCACACAUGGUGGCAUGUCAAUCCCACCUUUUGGAGGCGCAUUGGCUGUGCCCAGAUCCAUGCUGGAGAAAUCUGGCCGUAAAAAGCUUGAAAUACUUCAGUCAAUGUUGUUCCCACCACUCUUCUUAGAAUCGCCUGCCUCUGGUGGGAAAUUCAAAACACAGAGGGAGCAGACAUUCGCAUAUCUUGCUAAUCGAGAGUCUGGGGUACCAAUGACAACCGCGCAAGGAGCUUCAGGGCAGUUAGCAGCUAUAUUCUGGCACUAUGUUUCUCGAAAACGAUUAGAAAAGCUAUCACGUACUCAAAUUCGCUUCAUCGUUGUCACUGGAACUUGGGAUCAGCUAGUCAGGCCAACAAACUCGAUGCACUUGGCCCACCAUCUAAACUGCCCACUUGAAGUCGUUGUUGGUGGCGGUCAUGCCCUGCCUUCUGAGCGUAGUGACUGGAUGAACAUGUUCAUUGAAGGUCAUGUUAAUAAGACGCUGAAACGCGCAACGCCUGAACCAUUGAGGGCCUCACUGUAA